GUCGGAGGGAAAGGUCCAUCCCAAGGAUGGCAAAUGGUGGAUCUGCAAGUACUGGGGGGAACGGGUACCGUUCCUACCCUGCAGUGCCUUUGAAAUGAAUAAAAUUAAGAUCUAUUGAUUAAUAAAAAUACUAAAUUGUUUCCGCACAAGAGCGGACGGGGGGUCGGACCUCUCCGCACAGUUCACGCGCAAAACCGCACGGGACGGGAGAUGAUCCUACCGGACAGCGCGCGGCACCGUGGGGUGGUCCUGUAUGGCACGUACGGGUACGGGCCUGUAGGUCCUGUAUGGUACGUACGUGUACGGUCCUGUAUGGUACGUACGGGUACGGGCCUGUAGGCCAGACGGGAAGGUCGGGCUGGCAGAGUCUCGCCCGACACGGUUCGGUCCUGUAUGGUACUGGUACGCGGACGGGCGGAAGAGCGCAACUGCGCGGAGAGAACUACGACGGGGGAUCACCUACUACGUGCAGCCGGCAGAGUCUCGCGGGCUCUCCGCCUAUGCUGCGCUUCACUUGCGCCGCGCGUGCUUUAUCCAGCUGGCAGAUCGCCCCCGCGGUGUGGCCCCCCCUGCUCCAUCACAGUCCGCCUGGCCCUGCGCGCACGUUACGACUAGUAUUUCGACUGUUCGAGCGGCGGCGGCCAGAGGACUGUUCACGCCUUUCGGCCCCGACGAGCGCAAUCUUCGAGGCGAAGCAGACCGGUCAUCUCCGCCCUCGUCAUCCGGCAAGCGCGGGAGGAAUCGCCGGGACUCCCCCGACGCCACGCGGAGCUUCCGCAGCCUGCUACGUGUCCGACAAUAGACGAUCGCGCUCCCGCCUGAUAGCUAUGGCAUGCUCUGAUGCUGGCCAUAAGGACGGUGACACCGUGGACAUCGCUGAAACGAACCCCGAGAGAAAACGUCUAAGGAAGACAGAGACCACCUACCUUUUCGGGCCUUAUCCUAUCCAUUAUAGGGAGGUGUUCCUGGAGACCAGCCUCUCCUAUGCGUUUGUCAACUUGAAGCCAGUCGUUCCAGGUCACGUGCUAGUAAGUCCCAAAAGGGUAGUUAAGCGCUUCGCGGAGCUAACGAGCGCGGAAGUCGUAGAUUUGUGGCAGGUCGCGCAGCGCAUUGCGCGGAAGCUGGAAGGCCACCAUGAUGCCACGUCACUCACUCUGACUAUUCAGGACGGCAAGGAGGCGGGGCAGACGGUUCCACAUGUGCACGUUCACAUCUUGCCGCGGAAGGGUGGAGAUUUCACACCGAACGAUAAGGUGUACGACGCCAUAGAUGAAAGCGAGGAGAAACUGUCAGAGACGUUGAAUCUGGACAAGAUGCGAGAGGACAGGACACCUGAGGAAAUGGCAGCGGAGGCGGCGACAUUGCGAGCGCUCUUUGAGAAAUCAGUCGAAAACGAAGAAGAAAACGAAGAAGAAGAAAAUGGCAAGUGAGGGGGGAGUAGGGGGGGCGAAGGGGGAGGGGGCGGGAGGGGGGGGGCUAUGGAUGGGAAAAUUGCGAAAGCUGUUUUGCGGAUGAAGGAGACGAUGGCAAGUGAAACAGGAAAAGGAGGAGAAGAGGGAGAUGAGAGAGAGGAGAGAGAGGAGGGAGAGGAGGGAGGAAUAAUGAGGCUGGGAGGGGUUGUCCUGUUCAGGGAUCGAAGGAAGGGGGAAGGAGGUCUGCCGCUUUUUUUUUCAAGGAAGUAUGGCGAACAAAGCAAAGCUGGUUGGGGUGAAGGAAUCAGGAAAGGGGGAGGGGAAGGGGGAGGGGAAGGGGGAGGGGGAGGGGCAAAUGGAAGGGAUAAUAUAUUGCCUGAUUAGAAGCGCCUGGAAGAGGAAGGUGGACGCCCGCUGCCAAACGAGGUGCCAUUUCUUGCACAAACGAAGAAGGCAACAACCAGCUCGAUUUGUGGGGCUCACGGAAACAGCCCCGCGUCCCCCCCCACCUUCCCAUCAAUUUUGUCAAUCUUUUUGCAGGGAAAUAGGGGCCCCCUUCCCUCCCUUCGAUUUUGUCACUUCUUUUGCAGAAAGUAGGGUCCCCGAUUCGCUUGCGUCAUUUUUGCCAAUUAUUUUGCGGUGCUUUUUGUAAAGGGGAAAAAAAUACCAAUUUAUUGUAUGCUGGGAAACGGGCCCAGCGUAUUUUGCAGCGCUUUUAAACCGUAGGCAGAGAGGGAGAAGAGGGGAAGAAGACAACAAACAAACGAGGGGCUGUGACAAACUGUUCUGUUUCGUCGGAGUUUUACUGAUUCAUCAGGAGGCUGAAUACAUUUAUUUCUUUUUUUUGCAUUUGCGCUCUGAUAAAUUUGUGACGAUAUA